CUGUCUGAGUAGCAACGGUAAAGUCAACUAUCGGUAUGUGAGUCAACAAGGCGGCAGAAGAGCCACAAAAUACUGAAAACGCGCAGUUAUGAGAGGAAAUAAUAUAUUUACACGGCAUUUUAGCGUCUGUAAGUAAAAAAAAAAGCUGUUUAGUCGCGUCAUGGCUGAAAGUUGUGUUCGAGUUGAGCCACCGUCUGUCGAGUUUAACGACAUGAAAGUGGGACAAGUGUACAAAGUAACGGUCACGGCGACAAAUGUUGGAAAUACCUUGAAGAAAAUCACUUUUAGAAAGCCUGCUUCGAAGUUGUUCAAGUUGACAGCACCGAGCCAAGCUGUGGAGGUGGCUCCAGGUCUGUCUGUGAGGGGUUUGCUCGAGUUCACACCAGAGACAGAGGUGGAGGUCAGAGACUGUCUUCUGGUUCAUAUAGAUGAUAAGGAUACGCUAAAAAUCCCACUGCGAGGGUUUCCCAGGGCUUGUUCCCUCUCAGUGGAUCCAUUAAUAGAUUUUGGAUGUGUUGUCGCCAGCAGUCAGGUGCUCGUCAAAUAUCAUCCUAUAACCAAUAAAGGAUCAGCACCAGGUGUGUUCCAGGUGCUCUACUGUGGGACUUUAAGCCUCAGCCUCUCACCCUCCACUGGAGUCGUAGCAGCCGGCGCCACCCAGCAGCUGAAAGUCGAACUGCGCACAAACGGCGACUGGCAGAUUAAGGAGAAGGCCCUGGUGAAGCUCCAGAAUAGACCAGCUGUAGUUCUCAGUAUCAGGGCUGAGGUGGUGAACCAGCGCUUUGAGGUGUCUGACCUGCAGGGCUCUCCGCUGUCUUGUCUGUGGUUUGGGCCUGCAUAUUUUGGUACAUCCUGUGUGAAGAAUGUGGUUCUGAAGAACAAAGCACCCGAGGCCUGUGACUGGGUCUGCCUGCUCCAGGACACUGCUGCUGGGACGGAGGUGGGAACAAACAUCCAGAAGAGCACAGAUGCUGCCUUGCUGGACGGAAUGGAGAGGUGCAGCCCAGCCACCCACGACGUCUCUCAGAUCUUGGUGUGUGUGCCUAGACAGGGCCGGAUAGGUCCAUAUGAGAAAACCACGGUGGCGGUACGCUUCAGCCCCAUCUGCAAAAGUUCGGCUGAAAGCAAGAAACGCGAUUCCUCAGUCAGCCGGCAAGAUUACAGCCUUUUCCUGCUUUUCGAGUCUGUGAAGAGUAAACACGGCUUCACUAACUGUUGGGCUAGCAGCAGUCUGGAGCUCGCGGUGACAGGCUCUGGACUCCCCGUGUCUUUGGUUCCUGGUCCCUCUCACAGGUUCCGCUUCCCCAGCUGUGUCACAGGACAACACGUGGACCUUCUCUGUGUGCUCCAGAACCUCUGCCCUAAACUUCCGGUCAACUUCCGUUUCCACAAAUUAGCGCACUUCAGCACCAAGCCCUCUGCUGGCGUCAUUGCCCCCGGGCAGUGCCAGGAUGUAGUUGUUUCUUUCAAUGCACGCCAGCAAGGGAGCUUCCAGGUGCAGCAGAAGGUGGAUGUCAUGGGUCUGGUUGUUAGUCAGAGGGUCGACCACACCACUGAAGACAUCACUGAACUGGAGCUUCGUAGUUUCCACACCAUCACUCUGCAUUUUUCUGCCAUCUGCCACAGCAAGACGACACACCCCAUGACUAUACUAAACCCUGUGAUAAAUCCGACUGGGCCAUGGCCUGAUGUCCGGUUCAGUGACCUGGCUUCCUACCGUGGAAUGACACGUGUCGCUGUCCUCUGUGCUGACAAAACGCGACUCCACGAGCAUCCCAGAGAGAGGAGUCGAAGGACAGAGGUGGAGGAGUUCCUGGCCUUUCCUGACGACAGAGCAGCGAGCAUCAGGCCUGCCUCUCCACACAGACAGUACAGGACCAUCUUUACUGGCGUACCCCGCUACAGCUAUGUGGACAACGACUAUUCUUUCACCAAGGAUGAGGAAGAGCAGAGACAGCGGCAUCGACAGAUUUACUCAGACUUCAUCAAACAGCUCAGACAAACACGGCUAAAGAGGAUCAACGAGAGACAGCAAGAAAAGGAGGAAGAUGACGUGGACAUUGGAAUCGUUCCUUCUCAAGGCCUUGUUCCUCCGACACUCCGCCUCAGCGACCUAGAGAGCCGUAAGACCUCAGAAACCAAGGUCAAGUACAGCGAGAAUUCCUCAGGAAGCAACAGCAGCCGUCCCCGAAAGGUAGGUAAGAUCAGAGGGAGUCCAAAGAAAAGAAAUAUAAGAGGAAAUGUGCUCUUUAUCCUUCCUUUCUGUUUCCAUACUUCUUUGCAGGCUUCACUGGUGAUGUAUGCAGUUCCCUCUACCAGCCAGGAGGUGGCAGACUGCAACAGGACUCUGACCGCUGAGGAGCUCUGCCAAGUUGUCAUAAGUCCCUUGUUGGUGAGCUUUGGCACCGUGUGUGUGCGGUCUGUGUGUGUUCAGACGCUGGAGCUGAUCAAUAAGCUGUCGGUGAACGUCUGGGUGCAGCUGGAGGUGGACAGCCCUGAGCUGCAGGGAUCCUCACCCCUCUCCCACGUCCUGCCUCCCCACUCACGCAUCGCCUUACCCCUGACGUUUCAGAGCGAGAAGCUGGGUUUCUUCUACAGACCCGUGUCCUACUCUGUUAAUCAGCAGCACCCUGGUCAGAUAGUGGUCAGGGCCUUUGUGGUCCCUUUGACUCUGGAUCUGUCCACCCAUCGGCUGGUGCUCCACCCCACCCGCACUCUUCUUGCCGCAUCGGAAUACAGAAGCUCAGUAACCCUGAAGAACCCAUGUAACCGUGCUGCUGAGUUCACAUGGCAACCAGUCAUCACAGAGAACGGCAUCCUGUUCUCUGUUCGGCCGGCUACAGGUGUGGUGGAGCCAUACAGGGAAUUGGAUUGCGAGGUGGUGUGGCAUCCGUCUUUCUCCUCGCCGUCAGAGGGAGACUUUGAUCUCCACGUCCAUGAGGGGGACACACAACGCCUACACUGUGUUGCCAAGGUUGUAGCCACCAGUAUCCAGCUGGCAGAGAUGCAGGUCACAUUUGGAUCAGUGCCUCUCAACAUGCCCUCUUUAAGGAUUGCUGUCUUGCACAACACUGGACAGAACCAUGGCUACUACCAGGUUCUAGAUGUUUGCCCUCUGCCAGGUAUGGUGGUGAGUCCUUCUGAGGGUGUGGUGCCCAGCAGGGGGCAGGCUGUGCUGAAUAUCCGCUUCAACCCGGACUGUGUCAUUAAAUUUGACACAAGAGUUGAGAUAGCUCUGAGGGGCAUGAAGUCCAUUGAGCUCAGGGUGGGCGGAUCAGUGGAGCCUCCAGAUGUAGACAUCAGUGUGUCACAUUUCCAUUUCUGUGGCGUCCAUGUUGGAUCCCAGCGAGUGAAACCGUUUGUUCUGACCAACUGCUCACCAGCUGCAGCAUGGGUCGCCUUCGACCUGUCGGAAUAUAAAGACUUCUCUUUCCAGCUCCCUCAACCUUCAGCAACAGAAAGGCCACCAGGUGUGAGCGUUGUGGAGGUCCAGGGCAACCAGACACUGAACUGCUCCCUUGUCUUCUGCCCCACUCAGAUGGCCAGCUAUGACUUCCACCCACCAAUGAAGGUCAAUGGAGUGAGAUGGCCUAGUGCUCCUCAGUCCCCUCUCUCCACCCCGUCCUCCUCAUCCAACUCCUCCUUGCUGGCCGUCGGCACCAGGAAGCGCACGGUGAAACCACUUCCUUACUCUGUCAGUAGAGUGGCACGACAGCCGCCAUGCAUACAGGCCACAGUGCUGUGUGCCCCUCUGGAAAUGUCCCCCUCCAGUCUACAGUUUGAUGUCUUACCACAGUCCGACGCUUGUACUCAGAAAGUUGAGCUGACAGCAGUGUGUAAAGAGAGUGUGUUUUGGCGUGGGGUCACCGGGGAGCGCGUGCGCUGGCGGAUCGACUGCAAUGCAACAGAAGCAUCGAUGAAAGAGAAAAGAGACGGGAGGCUGUGCGCGGCAUCUCCAUCGUCUGGCAGUCUGGGGCCUGGCCAGUCCAUCUGCUUAGGGGUCAGCAUCCACCCGGAGACUGUCAGACCAGGGUCUGAAAAAGUGAUGAAGCUGUCCCUCCCUCUUUACCUGGGAGACGAGGGAGAUGAGGGGGUCGGAGGAGAGGACGGACAUCAGCCCUACAGGGAGCUGUCCAUCACCGUUACCUUCCAGCUUCCCAGAAUCACCGUCCACCCUCCUCAAAUUCUUCUCACCCCAGUACCCCUGGACAGCAACACAGAAACCACACUUACCUUGCUGGCUGUAGGUUAUCCAAGUGGAACGAACGUAUCGGCUCGGGUGGAUGAGAUAAAAACAGAGGAUGGUACAAAGAUACAGCCUUUCAGUGUCGUCUUUCCAGAGGGUAGCACCAUCCCUGCUCAGGACCAUGACAAGGAAACCGAUGCUGCGUCUCUGCUCUGCAGCGUCUCGUUCUGCUCCGCUGUACCUCUGUCUCUUUGCACAACCAUCACCUUUACUGAUCACCUGCACAACAGCUUUAAGGUGAAGUUGUUUGUCAUAUGUGACAGCUGUGUGCUGACCGUCUGGCCCUACAUGGCUCUGCACCGUUCCACACAGCAGAUAGUUCUCAGGACAGGGGCCACAGCUGUUGAGGCGAUCCUUCAGCGCUAUCACACACCAAGCCCUGUCUCUGGAAUAACGUCAUCAUCAUCUUCAUUUGAUCACAACAGCUCAACAAUUAGGAAUUCAGACUCCAUUUCAGGUAGUGACAGUAUGAGCGGGCAGGCUAGCGGAGACACAGAAGUCUCUCCUACAAGAGAAACCCCAACUAAUCUCGGUAUACCAGAAUUCCCUGCCGCCAACACAGAGAUGGGACCAUACUACCAGAAUGUGUUAUUGGCUGUGGAGAGGUGGUUUAGCCUCUUUGGAUGGCCAAACGGACCACACCCUGUCACUGUGCCACACACGCUCAGAAGAGUUGUGUCAAAAACCCGGACAAACAAAACCACUGGACGGACUUAUAGCGUCAGGCUGAAUAAAGAUACAAGGUCUGUAGUGGACAUGCUUCAACACCUGACUGGCAAACACAUUCCUGGUAUUCCUCACUGCCAGACCUUUUCCAGCGAUAUAGGCCAGCGCACGAAUCAGCUGCUGCAACAGCAUGACAUUAUACUUGCUUUUCUGAGGGUGCAGGGAGCCUGUCUUUGUCAUAUCAGACCAGAGUUCUUGCUCGAUGCGUUGGAGUUUAAACACUGGUGCUCCCUACAGUCUAAUGAUGCAGAGAACGACCUGGACUAUAACGCUGUUGAUUAUGAGUCUCUGAGCAAACGAUCCUGGACUGACGUGCUGCUGCAGACAUACAAGGUGCUGGUGUUGUGUCGCGUGUCAGAGAACAAAACUCCGAACCACAACGAUGGAGAAGGAACGCUGCCCCGGGCCAGUAAUGUCUAUUCAUCCUGGGAGCUGCAGCUGCUCUCCUGGCUCAACAUGCACUACCAGAGCAUGAGAGAGACUGCUUGGAGCACAGGUGGAGUCCCAUCAGCACGCUGGAUAGUGAACUUUGACUUGGACUUGACAGAUGGACUGGUGCUGGCCGCUCUGCUUGCUGCCUACUGCCCUUAUCUGAUCAGGAGCCAUUUCCGGAGGAUGUACACCACAACCAGCAGCCUGGAGCAGAUCCUUCACAACAAUAUCAUCGUAACUCAGGCUUUAACUACACUUGGUCUCAACAUAAAUGUACAGCCCACAGACCUGUCAGAUCCUAAUCCGGUGCAGAUGUUGAUCCUGUGUGUUCACCUGUAUGAGAGGCUGCCUCAGUACCUGCCUGUACGCACCGUUACUCUUUCAGGAGCUCUGCACACCACCUUCAGUAAGCAGGUGCGCCUUAAAAGCCCGUACUCCCAGAAUAUCAAAUACCGGGCCUUCAUUUUUGGAAAGGACGCCCACCUCUUCUCCCUUCCCAAUGGGUCUGCAGUCAGCGUUCCUCCAAAGUCAAGCGUGGAGCUGGCAGUGCAUUUCACUUGCUCUUUCCUACAACCAAAGGAGGCAGUCCUGCUGCUCAUUUCCAGCUCUGCCUUUGGCCUUCGUUGCACCACUCUGGCCUUCAACCUGCAGACUAAUGUCAGCCACAUCACCCCUACAAACACUGUCAAGUGCAAGUCCCCGUGCUACCAGCUGAAAGCGAUCCAAGUGCCGCUAAUUAAUACUUUCAACAGACCCGCUAUCUUCAGGGUGGUGCUGGUGGAAUCUACAUUCAACCCACUGGAUCCUACAACGAACAAAGGCAGUCUUGUCAAACACACAUCCCCUCAAACCAAUCCAGAGCAGAUCAUCUCAGACCACAGACUGUAUGCCUCAGACAAGAUCUCUGGAGAGGAGAUAGAGGAUGGUGAGGGCAGCGAGUUCCUGAGUCCAGUGACGAGUGUUUGCCUGAUGCCCGGCCAAGCAGACACUCUGUACAUCUACUACCUGCCCUUCUGCCCCGGCACCAAGUACUGCUCUGUGCUUCUUGUUAGCCAACAGGUGGGAGAUAUGGUGUAUAUGAUGAAGGCCACAUCAGAGCUGCCUCUUCCUUCACCUCUCUCUGCAAGGCCCAGCGCUGACAUCGUCUCUCAGCCCAAGAGUUCUGUAGAUACCCCUGUGUGUGUGCCGGUACUAACCCUACACUGCAAGCUGGGGCAGCUGUCUGAGGAGGUGCUGCGAGUGCCCCGGAUCAAUAUGCAAUGGGAGCAGGCUCUGGCCACGUGGGGUCAGCGCUGCAUGAGUGGCGUUGAGCGUAAAAGGCGGACGCUGACACACACUUUAGACAGCAGCACCGUGAGGACAAGCGCAGCCAAACAGAGGCUCUUCAGACAACCACUGUUAAAGGAUGUUUACCACGAUAAAGGGAUAAAGUACAAUGUGGAGGUUUCUUUGCCCCAGUGCUUCACCCUACCCAGUACCGUUACAAUACCGAUAAAAGAAGACACCGAAAUAGCGUGGGAGAAUCCUGCAGUAGACUGUGACUGUGUGGACAUCCCAUUGCGGUUCCAAGCAGACUCAGUGGGACGGUAUGCCUGUGAGGUGGUGCUCAAGUCCUGGUGUGAUACCAGAGUCUACCAGCUGGAGGCGCUGGUCACUGCACAGGGAGAAUCCGUCCACUUGGAUUUCAGUUCGCCUGCUCACCGUUCAGUCACACAACAGCUACCACUGCACAAUGAGACUCACCAGGACUGGAAAAUGGAAGCUCAGGUUUGUGGUGAGGGAUUCUCUGGCCCAAGCGUUGUAAACGUGCCAGCAGGAACUCGAGCCAGCUACCCCCUCACCUUUCACCCUGCUGCACAAGGCGUUGUCACGGGCACGCUGUCCUUACAUAAAGACUGCGACGGGACAGAACACGUGUUUUCCCUCAGAGGGGUGGGAGAGCGCCCCCUGCCUGUAGACCACGUGGUGUUGCUCUGCACUGCUGGGAGGACCACACACACUCAGCUGGAUGUCCCCAACUACAGCCAGAGCAAAGUCAAUCUAAAGGUGGUGACAGACCUAUCUGCUGUGAGCGGCAGCCCUUCCUUGGAGAUUAAACCGGGUCGCACCGCUGCAUACACUCUUGCUGUGUCACCAUGGAAACGGGGGAAACAGACAGGUUGCGUCUCAUUUGUAGAAACUGAUGAUGUGCAAGAGGCCAGUAAGGACAAAGGGAAUGCAUCGGGACGCUAUGAAGUUUAUUUUUCCUUAGAGAUCAUUUGUGAGCCAGCAGCGCCCAUAAAGGUCAUCAAUGUCCAGUGUACCACUCAGAACUCGGUUGCCAUAGAGAUUCCUGUCAGUAACUCAGGAGGAGAGCAGCUGAUGCUGGACGUGAACCUGGAAGGAGAUGAUCUGAGCGGGGCCGACCGUGUCGCUGUUCCCCCGAGGGAGACUUUCACCUACAAAGCGACGUUCUCUCCUGAAAAAGUAGGAAAGAACACAGGCAGCGUGGUGUUCCAGUCCGAGCUGGUGGGGGAGUUCUGGUAUCAGCUGGAGCUCUGUGCUCUUCCUCCUCCAGUCGUCACGCUACCACAGGCCUGCUGUCAGCUGGGCAAGUCAGAACAGGAUCUUUCGGCCAUCUGUUGGAUUUACCCCCUCUGUAGGAGAGCCACGGAGGUUCCCGCUGAGAACUCCUCUCUCACCGUGGUGGAGUGUGAAGCAGGCUGCCAGCUGCAAAAGAAGGUGGACGUGCUGCUCACGGGAUGUUUGCCAGGAAAUCAAGACCAAAGAGGACAGGAAGUUACGUGGAUGAUGAAAGAAGACUUCCUGUGUGAGGUGCGUUCCCGCGGUGAAGAGGAGCACCCUGGGGUGGAGGACUGCCUCUCCAUCUCUGUUGAAGCAGCGAGGAGGGAUCCUGAGACGGGCGUCGUUACGCUCACCCUUAAUCUGGUCUACGCUCCCCUCAGGACAUGCAGGUGGGUGUGUCCUCUGCAUCCAUUUAUUACUGUCCACAUGUGCUGAGUCUUAAUGUUUGUUGCUAAAUGCUGCUGCGUUCUCUUAAAGGUAAAGGGGAGGCUAGCUCAUAGGUCAGAUCCCCAAAGACGGUACAUUCAUUCUGCUGUGACCUGAAAACACAUUUUGGUUUGCUUUUAGAUUUAAGACACCUGCUGAUGUAUGUCUAUUCAAGCCACAUGUGAUUUUGAAACUAAAAUGUAUAAUGGUUAUUAUAGCCUUGCUAAAAUGUCCGGCACUAGUGCUGGAAACACAGCAGAUGAGCAUUAACGCCCUUCCACCCACGUCGACCCGAUGAAAAGCAACGUUUGUCUGGGAAUGUGAGGAUCGAGUCUGUCUCUCCACCUCAAGACCAGAUCCUUGGCAGUUGAGAGGGGCCUGUGAUUGAAGGAUGCUGGUAGACCUGGACCAAAAGCUCUGCUCCCCACCUCAGAUCGCAUCCACCAACCUGUAAUCAGACCUGGUGCUACGGUCAGCUUCUCUUUGUCAUGUUUACGUCAUUGAGCUCACAGUGUCCUGGGAGAGCUCAGUAGAGGAGGCCUAUGAGCGCAAGAAGCUGAGCUAUAUCGAGCUUGCUGCCGAUGCAAAACAUCAAUACUGGAAGGUGAGGGUCCAACCAGUAGAAGUAGGCUGCAGAGGAUUUGUAGCCACCUCGACAAUCAGGUUUCUCCAGGAGAUGGGAGAAGGUGGGAAGAAGCACCACCAGACCAUCAAGGACCUCUCUAGAGUAGCUGAAAAGAGAAGUCAGUGGCUGUGGAUGAAGAGCAAGGACGCCACUUGGGCCUUGAAGUGAGUGGAUCGCAUUUAGGGGGUGAAACUGUGAUGCUGGGGUUCACUGCUGAACCCACACCUACGGACAAUUUAGAGUCACCAGUUAACCCCAGCAUGUUUCUGGACUGUGGGAGGAAUCUGGAGAACCUGGAGAAAAGCCACAUACACCCCCCCGUCAAAAGUUUUAGGACACUGUCUCAUUCAAAUAAAGUACAACCUGUCCUACAACUUUUGACAGGGGGUGUAUUUCAUCACAUGGAUGUGAUCAGGGCAGGACUCUGAUCAUACAUGUGAAGUUUCAGGCAGAUUGGAGCAUGUUCAGGGCAUUUACACAGCAUUUGAAAUUUCAUGGCGAAGGAUCAAAAUUCCAGAGGCCACCACGGACACGCCCUUUGACUUUGGAAAAAGGUUUUAAUAACUAUGGAUCAUUAAGGCCUCCUGUAUGUACUGACCCAAUUUGAGGUGAAUUGGAGUUUCCCCCUAGGAGGAGUUCGCUCUAGAAAAACAUGAAAAAUGGACAAAAUCUGACAUUCAACGCAAAAUAGCUCACUUCCUGUUGGGUUUGGAAUGUGGCUGUCACUGACUUUUUUGUUCAGCCUGAUGUGCUGCAUAUGUGUACCACAUUUGGUAGAUACACCCCCUGUCAAAAGUUGUAGGACAGGUUCUACUUCAUUUGAAUGAGAAAGUGUCCUAAAACUUUUGACAGGGGGUGUAUGCACUGGGGGAACACAUAAACUCCACGCAGAAAGAUCCCAGGAAGGCGAGGACACGAACGGAGAGGAUCUUCUAGCUGUGAGGCGACAGUAGGCUAGUAGCAAUAUUUCAACCAGCAAUCUUUUCAUUCUUUCAUUCGACUGCUUCGACAUUUUACACACAAGAUAUGACAGGAAUGAAAUGAGCCACAUCCUAAUGUCUUGUCAUUCUUUGUGAACCGUUAGGCAGCAGAACCCAAUUACAGUAGACCUGACACUGAUGAGAAAAUGGAGAGAAUUUCACCGUGAGAAGAAUGAGGGGAGUGGGGGCGCUAAUAAUGAGAAAUUAUUUUUAUAGUCACUUUGAUCAAGUUGCAUAAAAUACAAAUAUUAAAACAAAGCGUGCAACAAUUACCAGGGAGAAAGAGACCGUUUCCCCUGCUAUGUACUUGAUCAAACAAGCAAUAUAUAUGUAUAAAAUAAAGAAAAUUACAGUUAUUGGUGUGGUAUUAAUACUCCACCCACACCACACAAAUCCCCAAAUGAGGUAGAGUCUAACAACCGAUCCAAUCAGAGAAACCUCCAGGGCUGCAUCUGUCUGAAACAUGUCAGCGAUUAAUACAAUCAGUGCAUUGAGCUUUUAUUUUCUUUCUUGUUUCUCUUACUCUCUGUCUCUCUUCCAGUUUUGGUUGAGAUAAAAAUGGUUCCCAUGACUCAGCGACACCACCAGUCUCUCCAGUGCCCACGAAUUACGUUAGCUGUAGCGAUGGACUCUUAAACUAAGUGUUGUGUUAAUUUUGUCAACAGUGAUUUACAAGAUAUGUGGUGGGGGAAUUAUUGUUGUCCUCUGGCAAUGUUAAUUUGUGGCACCUUAUCUUGAUUGAGUUUGUGUUUGAUGAAAAUGUGUAUUAGUUUUUUUUAAAAAUUAGUUUUACUCAACAAAAACAAAUCACCAAUCCUUAGUUGGUCGGUACCAUUUUCUUCUCAUUUUUUGCAUUUAUUUACGCUGCCGUUCAAAAGUUUGGGGUCACUUAGAAAUGACCUUAACUGUUUUUUUCAAUAGAUAGCAUUAAAUGAAAGAUAAAUCCAGUGUAGACAUUGUUAAUGUGGUAAAUGACUUUUCUAGGUGGAAAUGUUUAAUGGAAUAUCUCCAUAGGGGUACAGAGGAACAUUUCCAGCAACCAUCACUCCUGUGUUGUAAUGCUACAUUGUGUUAGCUAAUGGUGUUGACAGGCUCAUUGAUGGUUAGAAAACCCUUGUGCAGUUAUGUUAGCACAUGGAUAAAAGUGGGAAAUUGUCUGGGAGACCUCAAACUUUUGAACGGCAGUGCAGACAGGUGUACAUUUUUCUGACCCCUGUUGGUAAUUAAACAUUUCUUUGAUCUCA